UGUGAUAAAUAAGCUUUGACACGGCCAAGGAUAUCAGCAACAACUUUAUUUUUCUUUUUGCUCUUGCCUUCACUAAUCUCUGAAAGCUAUCAUCAGAUUAGUGAGGAUAACAGUCUGAUGAGAGUUCCUUAUAGCUCAAACACUUUAUAACCUAGAAUGAAACAUACUGAACUGAAAAGCUAUUUUGAUGGCGUUAACAUAACAAGGGUUCCAAUUCUACGGCAAAACUUGAAGCGUACUGCUAGCGAAAGCUCUGAGAAUCCUCCCUUAAAAAGACCACGUCUUGUACCAGAAUCUCCUGAACUCUUAUACAACAGCUUCUUGCGUUCUAUUCAUGAUUAUAUAAAGGCCACCCUGGAACAACAGUUGCUCAAUAUCAAAGCCUUACCAAGGGGCGUCUUGGCACAAGCUGCAACGUAUGCAAGCUGUACACUUACUGUUCUGAGAGAUUAUUUGGACAAAAAUUCCAUAAAAAAGAAUGAU